AGAGUCACGUCUGAGACCCUGGGGAUCCCUGGCUGGGUUAACUUUGCUCACAGUAUCCCCCAGACUUCUGAAAACGAUCUGAAAACAUAGCAUGGUGGACAAACAUCACAGAUGAAAGGGGCAGCCAGCUGUGUGCCUGGGCCUUUGAUGCUGUCAGAUGGGAGAGCCUGGAGCCUCUGGAUGGGAAAAGACAUCUCUGCUCUCCCAGUGCAGGACCCCUUCUGCUUCUGAUCAGCAUCAUCUGUGCUGAUCAGUAUGUGCCAGGGGGAAAAUUGAGGGGCUUCUCUCAAGGCAUGGAGGAAAUCAGCAAAUGAGUGGUGAUGGAUAUGAGGAUGAUCUACUGCCUGCUCCUUUGGGCAGCACACUUCUUCCUGGCUGUGUCAUACACCACUCCCAGGGUUCUCGGAAACAAAUCAAAGACUGGUGAUGAGCAAGAUGCCUGUAUAAAUCUCAUUCCCUGCCAAGAUAAUGGAGCAAUUUGUAUUCAGCCUUGCUCUCCCUCCUUCCAUGGGGAGACAAGCUUUGUCUGUGAGGACAGAAAGUGGCAGAUGUUGUCAGAUGCUUGUGCAAGCCUGGAUGUUCAGUCCCUUUUUCAGAGGAUAUCCCAAAGUGAACUCCCAUGCUCUGGAGGAUAUGGUGGUGGUGCUGGAGAACAUCUUCCUUUUGUAGGAGGAGGAAAGCUAGGGCAUGGGAAGCCUGGAGAUGGAGCAAAACAUUUUGGUGCUGGGAAUCAUAGCUGCCAAGCUGAUUUUUCAUGCAUCAUCCCAGAUAUCCUGUCUUCACCAGCCAUCCCAGGAAACAUUGCUGAUAUAGUGGAAUUGCUAAAGAAGAUUUCCCUGCUGCUAUCAGAGAAUGUCACUAGAGGAAAAAUGCAGAGCUACAGCAGGAUAGCAAACCAUAUUCUGAACAGUUCCAUCAUUUCCAACUGGGCUUUUGUAAAGGACAGAAACGCUGGUUCAAUAUUACUGGACUCAGUGAAUUCAUUUGCUGGGAAACUUCUUCUAAGAAAUGGGUCAGAAAGUAUCCAGGAGCCCUUCAUUGCUACCAAAGGCAACAGCAUACACAGAAACACUUCAGAAAAGAGCUUUGACUUUUCCAUGGAGUUCAAUAGCACAGGCAAUAUUAGUGGGCAGGUGGUGAUUCCAGAAGAAGAGCUGCUGAGGUUACCCAGGGCUUCCAAAGCCAUCAGCGUUGCAUUUCCAACGCUCGGAGCCAUCCUAGAGACCAACCAGCCCGACCCCACUUUUGUGAACGGGAUGGUGCUGUCGGUGUCGCUGCCAGAGGAGCUCCAGAACAUCUUGCUCACCUUUGAGAAGCUGAACAAGCUGGAGCAAGUGGGGGCUCAGUGCGUGGGGUGGCACUCGGCCGAGCGGCGCUGGGACCCCCGGGCGUGCGAGGUGCGCGCCCACAACGUCACCGCCGUGGUUUGUGUCUGCGCCCACCGGCGCCGCACCUACAGAUCCUUCUCCAUCCUGAUGGCUCCGGCCGCGCCGCGGAGCUUGCUGCUGGAUUACAUCACACGGGUGGGCCUGGGCCUGUCCAUUCUCAGCCUGGUCCUCUGCCUCGUCAUCGAGGCUGUGGUCUGGCACCACGUCACGAAAACUGAAAUAACCUACAUGCGCCACUUCUGCUUGGUCAACAUCGCUGCCUCGCUUCUCGUCGCAGAUAUCCUGUUCAUCCUCGCAGCCAUUGUGCACAAUACAGCCCUAAACUACCAGCUGUGUGUGGCAGUCACUUUUUUCCUUCACUUUUUCUAUCUUGCCCUGUUUUUUUGGAUGUUUACCCUGGGCCUCUUAAUUCUCUAUGGAUUAUUAUUAAUUUUUUUUAAGAUAACAAGAUCUGUAUUCUUAGCUGCAGCAUUCUCUAUUGGAUAUGGAUGUCCCUUGGUUAUAUCUAUCCUCACUGUUGCUAUUACGGAACCAAAAAAUGGGUAUUUAAGGAGUGGAGCUUGCUGGCUCAAUUGGUAUGAGACAAAAGCCCUUUUGGCUUUUGUUGUACCUGCCCUGAGCAUCAUUGUUAUGAAUCUCAUUGUGGUGGUCGUGGUUGUGGUGAAGACUGGGAGAUCCUCUGUUGGAGAAGGCUGCAAGUCACAAGAUUUGAGCAGCGUGAUCCGAGUCAGCAAAAACGUUGCCCUUCUGACACCUCUGCUGGGCCUCACCUGGGGGUUUGGGUUAGCCACAAUCAUCGACAGCCGCUCUCUGGCCUUCCAUGUCGUGUUUGCGCUGCUGAACGCCUUCCAGGGAUUCUUCAUCCUAUUGUUUGGGACACUUCUGGACAGAAAGACAAGAGAAGCCUUAAGAAUGAACUGCCUUUCAUCAAGGCGGAAGUGGGGUCUAGAAAAGUCCUAGCAGUGGGCUGUUGUCUUCAGUGGAUUUGACCAGCAAGAAGAAAAGGAGCACUUCUUGCAGAGAGAUGCUGGUUUGAGGGGAGCUGAAGAGCCUGACCAGCUCAGAGCAUGGACAGCACUGUCUGGGAGCACAACCACGGGAAGCAUCAUGAAAACCAGAAGAGAAAAGGCCCUGAACCUGCUGUCAGGAGCAGGAAACCAUCACUGUUGCUGCAGCCCUUGGAGGAAACAUACUGAAGCAUAAAGCUUGUUUCUCACCUUUGUGAAAACUGCUGUGAGGAGAGUUUGUCCUCGUAUGCCAUUU